AGCGAGCGAGAGGCGAAAAAGAGAGAGAUAGAGCGAACGAGCAGGCUAGCGAGACGAUCACGAUGCACGGAGGCGAGCACAAGCGGCCAGGGGCACAGGGCUGAGGGCUGAGGGCUCGACAGGGCCUCGAAUAACGUUCACGGGCCGGCCGCGGCGCAGCCAGGGAGCAAUGGAGCAGCCGAAGACUCCCGCGUCCCGGCUACUCACCACGACCUGCAUCGAGAACAAGGACGAGCUGGAAGAGAAAUUGGAGAAAUGUCAUUCAAUGCUGCAGAUCCUGACUGCAGGACUCUCAGAGAAGGAAGUCCACGACACGCUAAACAAUGCAGUGUGCAAGGACAAGACGCACGAGGAGGUUUCCUUAGGUUUACUAGUGGUGAUCUUGACAGAUCCGCAGAAUGCUGCAAAGAGUUAUAGAGACCUGACACUGAUCACACGAGACGGCCUUGCCAUCGUGCUGCUUCACCUAAAUCAAUUAGUAUUGGAGAAAUAUUUGAGAUUAAACGACGUCACCAGAAAUCAGCUGUUGUGGUUGCUGAGGGAAAUGAUAAGGACUAGUGUAACUAAUGUGGAUAAUCUUUGUUUGAGUUUAUUGAGGCAUGCAGCGGGUGGAGAUAUUUCCCCAAGAAACUUAUUCCUAGUUGAUGCCCUCUUAGAUAUUUUUCAAGAAAAUCGAGCGUGGUUGGACAAAUUUCCGUUUUUAGUAGCGUCAAUUGUGUACACAUAUUUGCGAUUAAUAGAAGACCACAAUGCGCCUCACUUAACUGGUCUACGACAGAAGGAAGUGGCUUUUACAGUGUCUCUGAUAAGAGAGCGAAUGGCGGACUGUUUAGCUAUUGGAAGGGAUCUGGUGCGUUUACUGCAAAACGUCGCGAGGAUACCGGAGUUUGAGGCACUAUGGAAGGAUAUGCUGCUCAAUCCAAAGAGCCUCUGCCCGAAUUUUAACGGUGUUUUACAGUUGCUGCAAACUAGAACUUCAAGACGGUUUUUACAGUCUCGUUUAACACCGGACAUGGAAAGAAAACUCGUAUUUCUAACUAGUAACGUCCGUUUCGGUAAUCACAAACGCUAUCAAGACUGGUUUCAGCGGCAAUACCUGGCAACGCCUGAAUCUCAGUCGUUAAGAUGCGAUCUCAUUCGCUUCAUCGUGGGAGUCAUACAUCCUACAAACGAAUUGCUGUGCUCUGAUAUUAUACCACGAUGGGCAGUAAUAGGCUGGCUAUUCACUACGUGCACCUCCACCGUUGCAGCCAGCAACGCAAAAUUGGCACUAUUCUACGAUUGGUUGUUCUUCGAACCCGAAAAAGACAACAUCAUGAAUAUCGAGCCGGCGAUUCUUGUUAUGCACAAUUCAAUGAGAUCCCACCCACCAGUCACUGCCACACUUUUAGAUUUUUUGUGCAGAAUAAUUCCAAACUUUUAUCCUGCGUUAACGGAUAAAGUGAGAAACGGAAUAUUCUCAUCGUUACGACAAAUUUUAGAAAAACGCGUUUUGCCUAGCUUAUAUCCAUUAUUCGAUAGUCCGAAACUGGAUCGAGAAUUGAGGAGCAAAAUACGAGAAACUUUCAAGGAGUUUUGUCUACCACCAAACACAGAGUCUGGUAAUAAGGUUCUGAAAUAUUCAGGUAAAAUGGAAGAGCUCAACAAGGAGCACAAUCCAGCGUCUGUAAUAGAGAAUACGACGAACUCCAUGUUGGAAAACAACCACGUGGCGCAAGACUCCGAACCGGCAUUCAGUGAUGAGGAAGAAGAAGCUCCUCUCAGAAUAGUGACGAAAGUGGAGGAUGAAGAAGAUGAGGAGGAUAUACCAUUAUCCACAGUAAAAUUGAAGAAUGAGCAGAAGAAUGCAAACUGCGUCGUGAAGAAGGAAGACAUCACGUCGCAUUUGCGUCUUAUAUUGGAACCGGAGGAGUUGAGGACCAGCAUAGAAACACUGCACACGGAGACGGACAACGAGGCGAGAUGUCAAACAAUGGAGAGGAUAGUACAAAUGGUCGUGGAAGACGAGAUAGACGCCGAAACGAUAUCUGCGCUCGCGUCCUGCAUAUCGACCAUCUUGGCAUCGCAAAUCACGGCGCAGAUCUUCCCGUCGGGGAACGACAGCCCGGCGAACGAGGAAGCGCUGGCUGAUAGUAUAAGCACGCCACUGUUCGUUAUGUUUCGAAAUCAAUUUCAGUUGUGCAAAGAGGAGGACAACAGGCGGAAACUUUUGGCCAGGGUGUUGGCAGAGAUGCAAUCCGUUCAACCAAGGAUAGGUUAUCUUUUGCUUUACUUUUUGAAAGUCUGGGGCAGAGAAGAGGAAAAGAGAGAAGGCGAGCCGAGCAAUGUUCUGAGUGACGUCAAAGCGUCGGUGUACAAAGACUUCUGCGCACAGCGAGAAAAAAAAUUGGACGUGUGUCUGAUAUCGGACUUAAAGACCUGCCACGAAGAUAACAUAUUCAUGUUAUGCUACCUCGUGCCCGACGUGUACAUGGGCUUUCAAAACGUCGCCCUCGGGAACGCCCAGCUGUUGCAUUUGGUCGUGUCCACUGUGGAUUCUUGCCAGCUGCAGGAUCUAAUAUGUCAGAUAAUGCAGGGCCACUUGAAGAUGUUGAAGAAGGAAUCAUUCACCUCAUUGUUGACAACGAGCUUAAACUGGGAGACUUUCGAGCAGUACUGCUUCUGGCAGCUCAUAUUCGCGCACGAUUUUCCUAUCGAUUAUGUACUGCCGGUUUUGCCAAAGCUGCAGUUUCGGAAUCACGCGGAAGCGCUCACUUCGAUUCUGCUCAUGCUUAAACAAGAGAAGCCGACGUUGGAUCUUUUACGGCAACUACUUGCUCGGCAGAACGUCGACGGUGAUAUGUUCGUCGUGGCCGCGUUACGUUACUGGUGUCGUGAUUACGAGGACAAGCUCGGCGAGCUGCUUGCAAAUCUGCUUAGCACCCGUUAUCCCGCUACUAGUCCGAACAAACGGAAACGUUCCGGGAGCAGAGUCCCAAGCAUUCCUAAGCAAAAUCAACAAUCCGGCCCACCUACAGGCGAACAGGUUCUCGGCCAUUUGGACCAAUUACGCCAGCACUGCACGUCCUCUGCAGAAUUGCAGUUGUAUCAUUCUGAGGGGAUGCAAAGAGCGUUGCAGCAGGCGCAGGCGGCGAGCGGCGACUCGCUGAGGAAGAGCUAUGGCGAUCUGUUCGCGCUCGCCGAGGUCAACGAAGAGAACGAACCGCCGCCACCGAGUAGUUCCGCGAGAAAGCACACUACGGCAUCCUCUGGAAGUGGUGGAGGUAGUGGCAAGGGCGGUCACAGGAAAACGGGUGCUAACACGAGAGAAAGAUCCAACGUGAGGCGACCACUUCCGCGGUAUCAUAUUGAUAGCACUUCUAGUAGCGAGGAGGAAGAGAUCAUGAAUCCAAAGCAAGCGAAAAAAAGGAAAAAGAUCAAUCCAGUGGGCUCAGACAGCGACUGACCACCCAGUGUCUUCAUAUGUCACAUGGACCACGUCACGUGUGUGCAGCAAGCUAAACUAGCCUUAAGUAUAGUAAGAUAAUAUGAUAUACAUAAAUAGAUUUAUCUAGCGCGACUUGUAAAUAUAACGUAUGUUAAGGAUGAACGCGGAGAGAGGUAUACGUAUAUUACGAAAGGCGAAGAUCUUUAACAUAUUUCAUAAAUGUUGCUCACAGCAACAGCAAAAUUGCCAGACUCUGAUUGUUAUUGUUAAAUAGUUUUAUUAAAAAAGAAGAAAAUGAAGAUCGGCAUGAAAAUUGUACUUUCUCUUUCAACGAUCUCAUUUCGUACGAACACGUUUGUACGCGUGAGUGCUGGAUAUUACUUUUUUCUUUCGGUAAACUUGCAUGGCACACAAGCGAUCGAAGCGGUACGUCAAUUAUCCUACUUUUCCUGUAUUUCUCCACGGGAUAUUUGCCGUCAUUAGGCUACCGCGCGCGCAUCUGUCAAAUAAAGUUACAAAAAAUAAAAUUAAUCGUGUAUUCUGAAAUUAUUUAAUAAUGAUCACUUUCUUCACAAAUAUGAAGAUAAAGAGCAGAAUCUGGCAACGUUGCAAAAGAUACAGCAACGCAUUAUAUCUUUUUUGCACUUUAUAAUUUUUUUAAAUAUGAUUAUGACACAUUUUACCUAUUGUUUGAACAAUCGUCACGGUUUUUCUUUUCUUUGUAAGAUUCUUUUCAAAGUAAUCGCCCCGAUUGGACAUAUUCGUUGCCAUAACUCCGAACGCAAUUCGUAUCGAUCGUUAACUUCUUUUCUAGAAUUAAGACACUUCUGCCGGAAUGUCGGGACGUGAUGUACGAGAGGUCGCAUUCCGGGGAGAAGCGUACAGUUUUACGACCAAAUGUAUUCAGUCUGCAACUGCGCUCAUUGAACACGAUCAUUCUCGAGAGAGAGAGAGAGAGAGAGAGAGAGAGAGAGAGAGAGAGAGACGCAGGAAUAUUUUUUACGAUGUUCUGCAUGACGGAAGGUUGUUAGCGUUAUAGAGUAACGAAAGCAGUUGAAUUUAGCUUCAAAUAAAUUCUCUUUGUUUUUUGUUACAAAUUUUACUAAAAUGAUUUAAUGAUUUGUUGCGAUUGUAAAAUGCGACGUAAUAUGACUUUUAUUGUACUUUUGUAUAUCUUUUUACAAUCCCUUAUAUUUGUAGAUAGGCAUAUAAGGUAAAAUUAAUUCACAGAGAGUCACGAUCGGCUGUCGGCACGACAAAUCGAUAUCAUCAUUGUAAAAGUAUUCGAUCCUCCCAAAAUAGUAUUCGAAUAAUUUUCCAUACUAAAUCGUUUGUCAUUUCGUUAUCAUAUUAUCGUACGAGACACGCGUGUUUCCGUGAGACAUUCGAGAGAUUCUCGGAUUACGACUCCUUCCAAGAGAAGAAGAAAGAACAGAUUCAAAUAGUGUAGUCCCGUCGAGCGUCUUUGUAAACCCAAGUCCCGAAGGCAAGGUACGGAGAGUAUCACCAUUUACUUAUAAUGUACAUUUCCUGUAAAAUCGGUUAAUCUAAAAGUAGAGAUUGCGUUAUGUAUUUUCUAGAUUGUAUAUAUACAGAGAUGUGUGUGAGAGAUAAAACACGACGAGAGUGUGUGUGUGUGCAUGCGUGCAUGUGUGGAGAUAUAUUGUACGUGAUGCGAGAAUUGCGAAAUAUUUUACGUUUUCACGAACUUUAUAUAUUUCUCAGCACCCUCCACGUCUCCUCUCUCGCUCCCUUGAUUUUAUCUCGACGCUACCCAGUGCGAAAUCGUGCAGAUAAUCGGAUAAAAAGAAGAUUAACAAAAACAAGAGAUAUCAGAAUAUGAGAUAUCCGAACAACAAUUUGUGUGGAGGGAUGGGUGUGUAUAAUAUCCGUUUGUAACGAUAAUGCGCGUGACGAUAAUGACAUUACUAAAGUCUUUCUACUUGUACAUAAGCAACACAGCGAUAUACGUCAGAGGAUAUUUAAAAACGAUUAUUCGACGAGAGAAAGAGAGAGCGAAAUUUGGAACAUGCGCGAGACUGUGUGUAUGUGAGAACAAAAAAAAAUCGUAAAACAAAAAAAAGGAAGCAAAUCUGUAAACAUUUAAUGUUUUUAACGAUCUUGUACACACGGAAGAACAUGUAAAUAGGUACAUGGAAUAGAUUAUCAUAACGCGAGCAUAAACAUUUAAUGUUUUUAACGAUCUUGUACACACGGAUUACACAUAAAAAUGUAAAUACAUCGAAAAUUAUCGGAAGCAAACUUGUGAUAUCUUGUACUUACUUUCUCCUUCUCUCGAUUCUCCUCCUUCCUUCGAGAUAGUCGUACAUCUCGCAGAGAGAGAGAUUCGACAUUGUUAAAUCGUUUCGCCGCGAUUAGCAGUAGUAACGCGCGAAUAGAAUAACAUUCUCUCUCUAUCCCGUUUCACGAUAGUCAUAAUCGCACAAUUAUUCCGUGACGCGAGCAAUAACGCUUAUUUUUAUCAAAGAAAGAAACGUGGCAGAUAUCUGUAUUUGCCGAUGAAUAAAUAUUUCGCUCACAAUGACCUAAACUCGGGUGUGUAAUUGUUGUUUGCGUUAUACAUCCCAUUGUACAAUAAUGCAAAUCAUCGAUUCGUCACGUGUGAAUUCUGAAACGCAAUAGUACGUUUGAGGAAAGCGCGUAAGACUUAUUGUAAAAACGACUUUAUUCUGUUCUGCCACACACACACACAUGCGACUUCCGUCGCACACCGAAGAGAGAGAGAGAGAAAGAGAGAUUGGGAAAAUCCAACUUGAUGCGAGAGAAUAAAGGAAAAUCAUAAUAU